GAAUCUUAUGUAAACAAUAAAAAGCACUUGACAUUUACCAAAGGAUAAUUUAAUUAAAAAAAAACUUAACUUAGUUAUUAAAUCUGAAAGUUGUUAUUUUAUAUAGUUCUGAUUUUUUUAUCUUACGAGUUACGUUCCAUUUAUGUACAGCAAACGACCAAACAAUAACAGCUGACAACUGAUGUAAUGGUUAAUUUUUCAAUAUGUUAAUUGUCAGAACAUGAAAAUGCCAGCAGUUAAUAUGUAUUGUAAAAUGUUUUAGACCUUGAGAUUUUCCUAGGCCCGUGAAAUAAUUCUCAAUAUCUUAAAAAUAAUAAUGGUUAAAAUAGCGCUCCAAAUCAAAGCAUCACUUGAAUGUAUCGAGAAAUUGUAUACUAAUCAUCCAUACUACCAGUGGUUUUUAAAACUAAAAUGUUGUAGUUGCGGUGAGGAAUCAGACAAGUUUCACGAUCUUACUGAAGCCGAGAAAGUUCCACAAAAACAUAAUAGAUCAGAGACUAACUUGCUUAUCAAGUGCAAAUUGUGUUCCAGAGAAAAUAGUAUUGAUGUCAUUGAAGGGAGCAAUGGUAUAUUAACCAGUGAAGAUGAAAAUAAAUUCAAGACAAUAGUUAUAUUUGACUGUAGAGGAGUAGAACCUGUAGAUUUUCAACCAAAAUCUGGCUGGAUUGCUGAAGCAGAGGAUAAUGGUAAGAAGUUUGAAGAAGUAGAUUUAUCAGAAAAGGAGUGGGCAGAAUAUGAUGAAAAGAAUCAAAACUCAGUGGGUGUGUAUGAGCUUGAAUGGAAUUUUAUAAAAGUUAAGUAAUUACAAGUUUUAUUUACUUUUGUUGACUAUAAUUAAAAUGAUUUACAACUUUU